AUGGCAGCCACCUCUCCUGCAUCCUCCGGUGAAACCAUUGCUGUCUCGGAGAAUCAACAACUUGUCAAUGUUAACAUGACAAAUGUUACCAAGCUCACUUCAACCAAUUUUUUGAUGUGGAGCCGUCAAGUCCAUGCUCUACUAGAUGGUUAUGAUCUAGCCGGCUACGUAGAUGGAUCUGUCGUCGUUCCACCUCCGACCACCACCGUCGGCGACGUCGUCUCCGUCAAUCACGCUUACACACUAUGGAAGCGUCAGGAUAAACUCCUCUACAGCGCUUUGCUAGGUGCAAUCUCUGUCUCGAUUCAACCGCUUCUCUCCACUGCCAACACCACCACUGAGAUCUGGGAUAUCUUAUCCUCCACGUACGCGAAACCGAGUCGUGGACACAUCAAGCAGUUGAAACAUCAGAUCAAGACAUGGACUAAGGGUGUUGUCGUUGAUCAACUUGAGGGCCGUGAUACGUCUCCCUCGUUAUCCGAAGUUCACGAGAAGCUUCUUAACCAUGAAGCUAAGCUCCAAUCCACCACUGCUACAACUCCAUCUCUCCCUGUCUCGGCUAAUGUUGCUACCUAUCGUGGCAACAACAACACCGCCAACUAUCGUGGUAACAACAACCGUAACCAGCGCUCAUUUCACAACAACCGCAACCAGCAAACAUGGCAGCAACAGCAGUUCCAGCCACGUCCCGAUGCCUCUACUACACGUGGAUAUCAAGGGCGUUGCCAACUCUGUGGCAUUCAGGGUCACAAUGCUCGCCGUUGCUCUCAACUACCAACGGGUCCGUUCACGUCGAACUAUCGUGCUCCACCAAAUGUUUCCCCAUGGCAACCGAGAGCAAAUAUGGCCGCAGCAGCGCCAAUGAAUUCCAACAACUGGCUUCUUGACACCGGAGCUACACAUCAUCUCACUUCCGAUCUAAACAACUUGUCUCUCCAUCAGUUGUACAAUGGUGGUGAUGAAGUGACCAUGGCCGAUGGCUCUACCAUACAGAUCUCGCACACUGGUUUUACCUCUCUUCCUACACCCUCUCGUUCCCUUGCAUUAAAUGAUGUUCUCUGUGUGCCUAAUGUUCAUAAAAAUCUUAUCUCCGUCUAUCGUUUGUACAACUCUAACCAAGUGUCUGUUGAAUUCUUUCCUGCGCAUUUUCAGGUGAAGGAUCUCAGAACGGGGGUCCGAUUGCUCCAAAGGAGAACUAAAGAUGAGCUAUACGAGUGGCCAGUCAACCCCACAAAUAAAGCCUCCUUCUUUGCAUCACCAUCACCAAAAGCUUCUCUUCCAUCUUGGCACUCCAGACUUGGUCACCCAUCACCUCCUGUUUUAAACAAACUUGUUUCUCAGUUUUCUUUACCUUGUUCAACUUCUUCAAAAACACUAUCUCCUUGUUCUCAUUGUCUUAUCAAUAAAAGCCACAAAUUACCAUUUUUCACAAACACUAUCGUCUCUUCUCAACCACUUCAAUACAUCUACUCCGAUGUCUGGAUGUCACCUAUAAUCUCAACAGAAAACUUCAAAUAUUAUCUUGUUCUUGUGGAUCAUCACACUCGUUAUACCUGGAUGUAUCCAAUGAAGCAAAAGUCACAAGUCCGUGACAUUUUCAUUGCUUUCAAGGCUCUAGUUGAGAAUCGGUUUCACACCAAGAUCGGAACGCUUUUCUCGGAUAAUGGUGGAGAGUUUCUAGCACUACGACAGUUUCUCUCAACCCAUGGGAUCUCACACCUAACGUCACCGCCUCACACACCAGAACACAAUGGGAUUUAG